AUGCGUGAGAACAUCAACAAGGUCUCCCAAAGAGGCGAGCGUCUUGAUGCUCUGCAAGAUAAGACCGACAACCUGGCUGUCUCGGCCCAGGGCUUCCGUCGGGGCGCCAACCGCGUCCGCAAGCAGAUGUGGUGGAAGGACGUCAAGAUGCGCAUGUGCUUGAUUGCCGGCAUCAUCAUCCUUAUCCUCAUCAUUGUCAUUCCAGCGGGUGCGUUUCCCCCCUCCCAGUGCGCCUUUCCUUUGGAUGGUUCGCAUUUCUUAAGUCUCGUCCGGCUCUAA